GCUGAAGAGUCCUAGGGAGAUGAGGCUAUUUUUGUUCGAAGCUGAUACUUCUGCCUGAGCCACAAGUGCAGCUUGGAAAGGGCUCAGGUUGUUUCCAGGGGGAGAACUCUGCAGAGAAGAGACAAAGUUCAGCAGGACAGCAAAGGGGCACCAGAAACAGCCAGGAAAACGAAGAGCCCUCACGUUUUUCACACAGAGCCCCCUAUCAGAGUUCUCGAAUUCUAAAGUAUUCUGCAAAGUGUCACUUGACCGGAACUUUUCGCCUGCCUUUUCCUUUCUCCAACCACCAUGACUGAGAUCACUGCUGAAGGAAAUGCAUCUACUACCACAACUGUGAUCGACAGUAAAAAUGGAUCUAUGCCCAAAUCCCCUGGAAAAGUGCUGAAGAGGACAGUCACAGAAGACAUAGUGACAACAUUCAGCUCCCCAGCAGCCUGGCUUCUGGUCAUUGCUCUGAUAAUCACAUGGUCAGCUGUUGCUGUUGUUAUGUUUGACCUAGUGGAUUACAAAAACUUUUCAGCGAGCUCUAUUUCCAAGAUUGGCUCAGAUCCUCUAAAACUUGUACAUGAUGCUGUGGAAGAAACCACGGACUGGGUCUAUGGCUUCUUUUCUUUGUUGUCUGACAUCAUCUCGUCUGAGGGUGAUGAAGAAGAUGAUGAUGAUGGGGAUGAGGACACUGAUAAAGGAGAAAUAGAGGAGCCUCCCUUGAAACAGAAAGAAAUACACAAAGAAAAGACUGAAAAGCAGGAGAAAACUGAAAGGAAAAUACUAGCUAAAGUUGCACAGCGAGAAAAAGAAAAAGUAAAAGUAAAAGAAAAAGAAAAAUCUGAAAAGAAAGCAACUCACAAGGAAAAAAUUGAGAAAAGAGAAAAACCAGAAACAAAGACAAUGGCAAAAGAAGAGAGGAAAGCCAAGGCUGAAGAGAAGAUUAAAAAGGAAGUGAAAGGUGGGAAACAAGAGAAAGUGAAGCCAACAGCUGCAAAAGUCAAAGAAGUACAGAAAACACCACCUAAACCCAAAGAGAAGGAGGGGAAAGAGACUGCGGCUGUGUCCAAGCAUGAACAGAAAGAUCAGUAUGCAUUCUGUCGAUAUAUGAUUGACAUGUUUGUCCAUGGGGAUUUAAAACCAGGACAAAGCCCAGCCUUACCGCCUCCAUUACCAACAGAACAAGCUUCCAGACCCACUCCGGCAUCACCUCCUCUUGAAGAAAAAGAAGAGGAAAAGAAGAAAGCUGAGAAGAAAGUGACUUCUGAAACAAAAAAGAAAGAAAAAGAAGAUGUCAAAAAGAAAACGGAUAAGGACACUGCCAUUGAUGUGAAAAAAAAAGAUCCAGGGAAAGCUCCUGAAACCAAACAAGGGACUAUAAAAGUUCCGGCACAAGCAGCAGCUAAAAAAGAUGAAAAGAAGGAAGAUUCUAAGAAAACAAAAACACCCGUAGAAGAACACCCCAAGGAAAAAAAACAGGAAAAGAAAGAAAAACAUGUGGAACCAGCGAAGUCAUCAAAGAAGGAACAUUCAGCUCCAAGUGAAAAACAAGUAAAAGCAAAAACUGAACGAGCCAAAGAAGAGACUAGUGCUGCCUCAACUAAAAAAGCUGUACCUGGAAAGAAGGAAGAGAAAACAACCAAGACAGUGGAGCAAGAAAUUAGAAAAGAAAAAUCCGGGAAGACGUCUUCAGUUCUGAAGGAUAAAGAGCCUAUUAAGGGGAAAGAAGUGAAGGUUCCAGUUUCCCUAAAGGAAAAAGAAUCUGAAAUUAAAAAAGAUGAAAAGAUGCCCAAAGCAGGCAAAGAAGUCAAGCCUAAGCCUCCACAGCCACAAGUAAAAAAAGAAGAGAAACCAGAGUCACAAGUUAAAAAGGAAGCAAAACCAGCUUCAUCUGAAAAAACUCAAAUACAUAAACAAGACAUAGCGAAACCAGAAAAGACUGUUUCUCAUGGGAAACCAGAAGAAAAAGUUGUCAAGCAGGUGAAAGCUACCACAAUAGAAAAAACAGUCAAGCCCAAACCAACAAAAAAAGCUGAACACCAAGAAAAAGAAUCUCCAUCUAUAAAAACAGACAAGCCUAAACCAACUUCAAAGGAAACAUCAGAAGUCACAGAAUCAGGGAAGAAGAAAAUUGAAAAAUCUGAAAAAGAAAGUAAAGAAAAAACAGAAAUGAAACAUCUUAAAGAAGAAAAAGGCUCAACAAGAAAAGAAAGUCUUCAAUCACACAAUGUGACAAAAGCAGAAAAGCCUGCAAGAGUAUCAAAAGAUUUGGAAGAUGUAUCAGCUUCAAAGAAAGCUAAAGUAGAAGCUAAAGAUGUGUCUUCCACCAAGAGGCAAAAAAACCCCAUCAGUUUCUUCCAAUGUGUCUACUUGGAUGGAUACAAUGGCUAUGGAUUUCAGUUUCCUGUCACUCCUGCACACCAUCCUGGAGAGAGCUCUGACCGAACAAGUUCUCCAGGACAGAAGCAACAAGGACAGUAGACACACACGCAGGGCCCUUACAAGUGCUUCAAGACUUUGAAAAUAGGGUCUUCUGUUUGUCUGCAGUGGCAUAGACAAUUGAAAUCAUGAAUCUGGGGAAUUUCUCUAAAAAUGUUUUGCUCUUCUGCCUGGUCUAGAGAGAAAGGGUGUGCAAAGGGAUUGAAUGAUAAGCAAACAUUGAAAUAUCUGGCAUUCAAGAAUCUGUUAUUUGUGUUUGUUGCUAGGCGUGGAUGCUUAUAUUUUUCUAUUUCUACUCACUGUAGGGUUGCUCACAGGUUAAUUUAAAGUUUACUUAAUAAUGGUCUUUUAAACAUAAUUGACACAAUGACAAAAAGGAAUUCCGAUUUCAGUUAGGUAUAUUUCUAAAUGACAACACAGACUCUGCUUUCAGUUUAAAGAGUACAGGAGCUUAUGCAAAAGCUCCUCUUUAUCAUGUAAACGUAAUCUGCCCACUAAGUUGAUGUUGAAUAGUUUAAUUUUAUUUAUGUCUCUUUCUAUUUUAGCUGUGGUAAUGCUCUAAGAAUGGAUAAUAGUUGCACCAAAGAGUGCUGUUAAGUUCCUUGUGAUGCUCUUUUAGAUAGAAUUCAAAAGAUCUCUGAACUUUGGACAUGGUAAGAUGGAAUAGAAAUGUUUGAUAAAUCUUAUCUCUAAGAUUUGUCUUGAAUUACAAUUAGGACAUUCACUUCUGUAGAAAUAUACCAUCCAAUUAGGCAGGUCUGGUGAAUCAUUUGUUUAAAAUAAAAGCAAAUGAGAUGUAUCAUUUUCAGAUUUCUCUAGACUAUGCCCUAAUGAAAAUAUCACCUGGGUGAAAUUUUAGAUCAAUCACUAAAUUUGGGUGACAGAUGCAGAAGUAUUUCAUUUCACCUUAACAGGAUCAUUCUGUGCAAUUAAAUAGGUUUUCUUUCUAAAAAAAAAAAAUACAUGUAUAUGUAAAUAUAUAAAUGAAUGUCAUCAAAAUCAAAGAAAUGCAUUUUAACCAUAAAUGCUUCAUGAGAUGUCUUACUUGUUUUUUUAGGUAAGUGGUUAUCAGUGCCAAUGAAAUGAAUGACAAUCUUUAACUUACUUGAUGAUACAUCACUGGGAAUGACUAUUUUGAUUUUGUCAUCUUUUUGUCUCCUGGUGAUACGAACACUUAUGUUCUUUACCACAUUUUUCUAUCAAUGUUAAAAGUUAUGCCACUGUGACCUUUAUCAUGUUUACAGUUGCAACUUAACUUAUGACAAAUUAACUCAGGAAAUAAGUUAUCCUUUCUGGAAUUGUAAUUACCUUCUGGUGGUGUAGCCAGAGCCAAUACUAGUCAAGUGAUUUAUUUUCAAGGACUGCAACUAAGUUCUUUAAGUCCAGUUUAGAACACUGUUUUACUAAAACUUGAUGCUAGAACAUCAGUAACACAAUCAGGAUCAAUAAUGGAUUUUCAGUGACUUUGGUGAAAAGAGUUGGUCUCAGGCACAUGCUAGUGUGUGCCAACUCACGCCACAAAAGCCAACUUUAUAAUGAACCAAGAUUAAUGACACUCUUUUGGGGGGACCUGCAGUGUGUAACUUCAGGACUGACAAGAUGGGUAUCAUCUUGCAAAGCUCCUUCAUGUAGCAAUGGAAACACAUGGGUAGGACAGUGGAUAAAGUUUACUGCUCAACUGCUCCUACAGCUUGUCCAAUUUAAUGAAGAAGGGCAAAUGUGACAGUUGUUUAGAUCUCAGAGAAUGGUUUAUCCAUUCUUUCAUUCAAUGGAUAUUUAUUGAGUACUUACUCUGUCUAGGGCACUAUGUCAGGCAUUGGACUGUGUAAGAAAAAUAUCAGAAAUGAAUUCUAUUCCCAAUGUUGUCCUGACACAAUGUGUGCCCUUGGAAAACUUCCUAAAUGGACUAUGCUUGUUUCCCUAUGUGUGAAAUAGGGAGCGAGACAAACAACCUGAUACCUCACAGAUGUACUGUGGACAAUGUAUCUUAAUACAAAUACGAUAUCAAAAUAAAUUUCUGAAAUAACA